AUGUCGUCCUGGACAAAGUCGGCGAAAUGGAUCUGGACGCCCAAGUAUCGUGAGGAGGACAGUCGUACUGGGCGCUAUUUACUCUUUCGCAAGAGCUUCCAGUGGGUAAUUCCCACGACCAUUAGCGAGUUUCCUGUCCACGUCUCUGCAGACAGUCGCUAUAGACUUUAUGUGAAUGGCCAACGUGCGAGCUUUGGUCCCUGCAAGAGCUAUGCAGAGAAAUGGCACUAUGAAACUGUCGAUAUCCUACCGUACUUGAAGGAGGGAGAAAAUGUGAUCAGCGCUCGCGUGCUGCGGUAUUCGCCCGUCGAGCCUGGUUCAUCGUCAAUUAUUCGAACCGAGUUGCCUGGAUUGAUGAUACAUGGCGAGGUCGAGGGACUAUCCGUAUCAACCGACGAAACAUGGAGAUGUGUUGAAGAGACCAGCCGACAGAUUAUUCCUUACUCCGAGUGGAACUUUAUCCUCGGUCCUCCGUUUCUCUCCAACCACGAGCGGUUAGCAGAAGCUCAAGAACUCACCGAAUGGGAACUCCCGGGAUACGACGAUUCCAGGUGGGAGAACGCCAUUUUCCCUUUCCACCCUGCCAAGAUGCUUCCAAUGACGAGUCCUUGGAAAUUGGCUCCGCGUCCUAUUCCUGCACUGCCCGAAACGUUUCGACGCUUUGAUGGAGUAGUCAAAUGCGAAGGGUCGAUUGCCCAGGAUCAGUGGACUGGCUUCGUCAAGGAGAAUGGCCCCGUUGUAAUCCCAGCUGGUGAGACAGUCACCGUCGACAUUGAAGUGAGUUCUUUGACGACGGGCUUUAUUACCCUUCAGUGCAGUGGUGGAAAGGGCUCGGAGGUGACGCUUCAUUACGCUGAAUGUUACGAGAAAGAUCUGGGGGUGGAAACUGCCCCGUUCCCGAAGCCUCGAUCGAAGUCUAAUCGAGCUGACUCCAGCGGCCGGUUGUAUGGAAUCAAAGACAUCUAUGUCGUGGCUGAUGGCCAGCCGGAGCACACUUUCGAGCCUUUCUGGUUCAGGACAUUCCGAUACGUUCAACUCAAGAUUACGACGGGCGAACAACCACUCACUCUCCGAAGCUUCACCCUUCGUGAAACAUACUAUCCACUAGAAAUCAAAACUGAAGUUCAAGCUGGCGGGGAAAUGGAUGAGAUUUGGAAUAUCAGUUUAAGGACUCUCCAAAAUUGUCGUCAUGAAACAUACGAGGACUGUCCAUUCUACGAGCAGAACCAGUUUGUAUCAGACUCGCGCCUGCAGAUGCUUUUCACUUACCAACUUUCCUCUGAUGAUCGACUCCCUCGCAAGACUCUGCAGGAGUUCCACGCCAGUCAGGGCCCCGAUGGAUUGAUCAAAGCCCAGUUCCCUGCCGGAUUCCGCAGCACCCAAAUUCCUCAAUUCUCUCUGUACUUUGUCGCGAUGGUGUAUGACCAUAUGCAUUAUUUUGCUGACACCUCCGUUGUGCGUCGGUACUUGAGCACCAUCGAUGGUAUUCUGAACCAUUUUGAUGAACGACUUAAUGAGCUCGGCCUUGUUGGUCGCUUCGACCAUGAUACUUGGCCCUUCAUUGACUGGGUGCCGGAAUGGUCUGUUCCUGGAAAGAUCUUCGAAUCAUGCAUGCCGCGGGCAUACACCACCACCGGAGCUGCCACCUUCAACAGUCUCUUAUACAUUGUGGCGCUGAUGCAAGCAGCUGAGGUGUGUACUUUUGUGGGGAGGAAAGAUACUGCACGAGAGUAUACUGCUCGUGCGGAUGCACUUCGCACUGCUGUGAACGGCCAUUGCUACGAAGACGGGCUUUAUCUGGACGGCCCUUCGGCCAAAGAAUAUAGCCAGCACAGCCAGGUCUUUGCCAUUCUAUCUGAGAGCAUCACGGGUGCCGCAGCCCAGGAGCUCAUGGCUCGAACGUUGGAAGACACAUCAUUGGCAAAGUGCUCUUAUUCGAUGAAAUUCUACCUCUUCCGAGCCGUCGAAAAAGUCGGGUUGUACGCGCAGUCGUUCUCCAAUCUGAUUGGCCCAUGGAGAAGCAUGAUUACAGACAACCUAACCACAUGGGCCGAGUUUGAACAGAAUGCUCGGAGUGAUUGCCAUGGCUGGAGCGCAAGUCCCGUGCACGAAAUUGUCACUCAGGUGUUCGGUAUCUCACCGGCGUUACCCGGUUUCAAGAAGAUUCGUAUUGCGCCUCAAAUGGGGCUUUUAGAAACCGCCCGAGGAACGUUCUUUACUCCGGUGGGAGAUGUUUCGGUUUCCUGGACGAGGGAUGGAAAUCUCGAAGUGAAGGCCACUGCAGAUGUUGAAGUGGAAGUUGUGCUUGAUGGGGUCUCAUCAGUCCAGCAACUAGAAAAGGGCAAGGCAAUUGCGUUCUCUCGGAAGACAAUCAGAUGCUAG